AUGUCGUACAGACUGGGGCCACAGCGAAGACGGGAUAGAGACGUGGAGUACAUAGAUACUCUGGACGUGCUGCUGAUCCCCAUCAGCUUCGAGCAGACGUGCGACACGAUGUGGCAGUCCAUGAUUCGCUUGUAUCGACAGAGAGAGUGGCAUCACUACGACUCCGUACAUAUGAUAGUUCACUUUGUAAUGCGUAGAUAUGUAGAGAAAGAGCGGAUGGUUGUAGUGUGGCGAGCGUUGUCCGAGGGAGAAGGGGAGUUCACCGGCAUCCAUUCGGAUGAGACUGGGUGGUGUAUUGUGCGUCCUAAUAACUCGGAGGAACCGCUUUUACGGGUCGUCAUGCAGACCUUUGUGCGGUUUAUCCCAAUGGAUUUCGUUGUGACUUCAGUUGAAGAAGACGGCGCCGAGAUUGCCCGCAUGAUGGACUCUUUACUUCUUGAAGACAAUGAAUAA